CUGUACGGUGCUUUACACUGUAUGAGACAGCCAUGGCAAUACAGAACCACCACUAUAAACUCAACAUCAACAUGUUGGUGCUUUUCGCCGUGGCGGUAUCGUUGUCACUUGUGUCCGCAUCUGCGGACCGUGUGCCGCGCACCUGUGGCACGUGUGAACCCAUCCUGUGCGACCCUCUACCAAAGGAGGGCUGCAAGUCUGGCACAAUUUUUGACUUCUGCGGUUGUUGUUCACUUUGCGCGUAUGGAGCCGGGGAACCAUGUGGGGGGCGCGGAGUCACAGCCAAGCGUUGCGCCUCUGGACUGGAGUGCGUAAAGAGCGAAAAGGACAAAAAGACAAAGCUCGGCGUUUGCGCCUGCAAAACCAACUACGAAGUGUGUGGCUCCGAUGGGGUGACUUAUAAAACUGGUUGCGACUUGAAAGUUGCCAGCCUGAAAGCGGUGAGCGAGGAGAAGCCUGAAAUCAAGAUUUUGAAUAAAGGAAAAUGCUCAACAGCACCUGUCAUUGUGACAGCCCCUGGUGAGGUCUACAAUGUCACAGGCUCCCAGGUCUACCUGAGCUGCGAGGCCAUUGGAAUCCCCACCCCUGUGAUCACCUGGAAGAAGGUACCAGAAGGUCCAACGGUCACCAGCGGAAAACAGAGAAUGGAGCUGCUUCCAGGAGACAGAGACAACCUAGCCAUUCAGACCCGUGGAGGACCUGAGAAACAUGAGGUCACCGGCUGGGUCCUGAUCUCGCCGCUCACCAAGGAAGAGGCGGGUUCGUACGAGUGUCACGCUGUCAACGCCAAGGGAGAAGCCUCAGCGGUGGGCACCAUUCACGUGGUGGAGUCCAUCGAUGACAUCCCUGUCAAGAAAGUGAACAAGGAUGAUGAGCUGUAAGGCAUCUCAGCACAGCAGGGACUCCUGGCAGGAGUCACAAGAGGAGGGAGCAGCCCCAAGCCCCCCCACCCCCAACUAUCCCACCGCUGACACAAGUAGACCUGUACACUGACUGAGAAAGAGGACCAACACUCACUAUUAGCAUCAAUCAUAUUUAUACUUGAUUUGUUAUUUGAUAACAAGUCAUAGUUUUCGUAGUUAUACUCAGUAUACUGUGUAUGCACAAGCAUCAACGUUGCAUCUCACAACAUUGAAAGUUACCAUCGUAGACAUCCACAACACACAUCUAGGCCUCACACACAUUUUUCUUGUCAGUGGAAUCACACACACAAGUCAUUCUUUAAAAUGUGCAAGUUACUGCCAAAAUAAUUUAAACACUUGAGUAAAUGAGGGAUACAAAGUAUAUUGAAAGCAAGUAUUAUUCCUGGCUUAAUUAAGCAUUUAUAACAUCCCAUCAUGCUUAGGGUCAUGUAUAAAAAUGCUGGGCAUUCCAUUAUUUUGGCUACCAUGGCUAUGCCCCCAUAGGAUGACAAUGCCUGCAUCCACAGGGCACGAGUGGUCACAAUGGUUUGAUGAGCCUGAAAACCAUAUGCAUGGCUGAGACAGUAUGCCUGAGACAGUGUUUUCCACCACCAUCAGCAAAACACCAAAUGAUGGAAUUUCUCAUGGAAGAAUGGUGUCACAUCACUCCAAAAGAGUUACAGACACUUGUAUAAGCGAUGCCAAUGUGCAUUGAAGCUGUUCUGGCUCGUGGUGGCCCAACGCCCUAUUAAGACACUUUAUGUUGGGGUUUCCUUUAUUUUGGCAGUUUCCUGUAUGUGCGCACACACAAUAUAAUUGCACAUAUGCAUGCUCAAUCAAACUCAGCAGUGUUUCACAUCUGCCUUACUCUUCCACCAUCUCUUUUUUUGAUGUAGUUUUCUAUGUUUUUGUGAAUUUAUUUACUCUAAAGAAUUUUACACUGGGUGCCUCAAAAAUAUUACAUUUCAAGGCAAUCAUGGUUGGCCAAGGCAGAAACAUACUGACAUGCAGGCUAAAAAUAACUAAAAUCACAACUUGGAAAAACAAAUGAAUAUGAAUAAAUCAUUACAUUCAAGACUCAAUUUUUUAUUUAUAAUGUACAGUUUUUCUUUGACCUCCUGAAAAGUACACAAAUCAUUCUUUCCCUAGACAUGGUAAUUGAUAAGCCAUAAAGCCAUGCCUUUGCAAAAGCCAUUGUGUGGAGUGAACGAUCUGGAAUGACAGGCAGGCUAACCAGACAAGGCUUUCUCUAGCAUUCAUAUAACCCCAGGGAUCAUAUACCACGGGUUUAGCUAACAAACCACACAGCGGCGGAUGUCUGGGGAUGUACUGUAGGGUAUACUGAGCAAACGACAAGUUUGAAAUGAUGUAGAAAAAAAGGAGGAUUUAUGUUGGAAUGUAGA